GAAAUGAGCCCGAAUUGCACAAAAAAAAUAAGAACUGGAAAUACAACAGAUACUAAUCUCGGCCCCAAUGGCCCAAAGUAAAAACAUCUGAACCGACAAAAUUGUGUGGUCGAUGACCAGUCACUUAAAAAAAAACAGAAAAGGCAAGAACAAAUUUUUUUGUCUCGAUGUUUCGUUACGGAAGACGAUUUCUAUGGCGAAACUUUUAAUCGAAGUUAGAGAACUCAUGAUAUGAAAACGGCCGCGGCUUACUUGUGGUGGUAAAGAUGGAAACGACUGCUUAUAGAGGUGAAAAUCAAUGGUAGCAAAUCAAAGAACUACCGAUUUUUUAAGAUUAGCUGGAAAACUUCCUGACGAUCCAAACUCGGUAGAUCCACGGAGGACUUCACCUUUUCCGAUCUAUUUAGGCAUCCAUGAGAAAAACGAUGAGUUUGAGAUGGUUGACGAACUUCACCUUUUCAGCUCUCUUUGACAAAGUCCUAAGAAGAUUUGAAAAAUCACAAAAAGCUACGAUAAAUUUGGAUCCGGACAAAUACGUUGGAAGUGAACAUUUACCAUCACCAAAAGGGAGAUCAUGGUGAUACCAAAAAAAACUCACAUUUUCAUCGGAUAGCACGAUCUCAAGGGUGUCUUCAUGCACUGUGUUGUACUGCUUCCAAAUCAUUGAGAUUAAUAUGAAUAUUAUGAAGAGAUCGAAGAAAUCGAGGGUUUCAUGGCCAUCAGGUCCUAAGCUUUGUCAGGUUAAGCUGUUUCGAACAGAGGACUGUCCUGCUAAAGUUGCAUCUCAGGCACAACGUCAUACCUACCCAAAGCAAUCAAUAAGCAAACCUCGAGUGCCAGAUCUUCCACCUGGUUUCGAAGGAAACCACUAUGCAGAGAAGCUGAGUGUCUCAACCAUUCCUCGGAUCAAAUGGAAACGACCUUCUAAGUUCAUAGUCAGUGGUACUUGGCUAAUGGGAGAUGGUGGCGAGAGCACAGAAAGGAGAACUGAAAACUUGAGGAUUUCUAAAGUGUUGGAAGCCAUCUAUCCUCAUCGCUCUACCAUCCCUUCUCGACCCUCUGUUUCACCGGUUGUUGAAGCGGAAAGCUUUGACGACAGCAAAACGCCCACCAUUCGUCUCACUCCAAUCGAGGACGAGUCUGAAUCUUCAGAGGAAUCAUCCAACACUACCGCAAGCAAGCAAAGUUCGUUGGAGACCAAACCUUCAAUCCAAGGACUGGUUUCUGGUCCUGCACCAGAGUUGAGCCUGGCUGCUGCUUCUGCAGCUCUUGCUACACUGAUGAAAACCAAGGAACAAGGGAGUAUGAUUGAUCCUGAUCUACUUAUCAAACUCCUCAGCAACCCGAAAAUGAUCAAGCAUCUGAUCACUGACACAACAGGUAAAUCCUCUGAACCUAAGAAUCAGCCCCUUGAGACUAAUACCAUCAACCCUACUAGGCUUGUUGCUGAACCUGCCACUCCCUUACCCAUGACAAAGCCACAGCCAACAAUAAUACCUCAAAAACAGGGUUUCACAGCUUCUCAGCCUUUUACUAACCCUGAGCAGAGACGAGUGUCACCACCUAAAACUGAGCAGAGACGAGUGUCUCCACCUAAGCCUGUAAACCAAAACAUAUCCCCUCUGAAUCAAGUCCCGGUUAGUAUACCAAUGUCUGUUCAACCAUGUGUUAUUAGUAUAGCUACGCAACCACCUCUUCCGGCUCGUCUCCCGUCGAGUUCUCUACCAAUGAACGUUAACCCCCACCAGAGACCUCCACGUGUUUUCUCUGAACCAAAGGUAACAGUGAAUCCUCCUCACCACAAUUCUGCAUACCGCACUCCUGAAAUGAACAUUGUUCAGGCACCAGUUGGAUUUGGAAGGGGUCCUCAAACUGGUUUCAACAAUUAUCCAAUGAACUUAAACCGGACUGGUAAACCGGUAGUGCAACCAAUGAAGAGUGAUGACUAUUUCAAAAACCUUAUAAGGGAACAUGGUACCGCGAAUCAUGAAACUAACCAAUACCAUUCACAAAAUGGAAAAUUCAAUGGACGCAUUGAUCAAAAUAAGGUUCAGAAACAGUGUAUAUACUAUGGCACUGCGAGAGGUUGUCAGAUGGGUGAUAGAUGCGUCUGUGUGCAUGACCGAUUGAGACCUAAUUUUGAAGCCGAGGCUCCAGGGGCUAAGAGGUUGAAGUUUGGAAGCUAUGAUAGAAAUAAUUUUUGAACAUAUAAAUUCUGACUCUUGAUUCAUUCCA